AUGACAAACAUCCGGAAAUCUCACCCACUAAUUAAAAUCAUCAAUCACUCUUUUAUUGACCUACCAGCCCCCUCAAACAUUUCAUCAUGAUGAAACUUCGGCUCCCUCCUAGGAAUCUGCCUAAUCCUCCAAAUCUUAACAGGCCUAUUCCUAGCCAUACACUACACAUCAGACACGACAACUGCCUUCUCAUCCGUCACUCACAUCUGCCGAGACGUUAACUACGGAUGAAUUAUUCGCUACCUCCAUGCCAACGGAGCAUCAAUAUUUUUUAUCUGCCUCUUCAUUCACGUAGGACGCGGCCUCUACUACGGCUCUUACACAUUCCUAGAGACAUGAAACAUUGGAAUCAUCCUACUUUUCACAGUUAUAGCUACAGCAUUCAUGGGCUAUGUCCUACCAUGAGGCCAAAUAUCCUUUUGAGGAGCAACAGUCAUCACGAACCUCCUAUCAGCAAUUCCCUACAUCGGUACUACCCUCGUCGAGUGAAUCUGAGGUGGAUUCUCAGUAGACAAAGCCACCCUUACCCGAUUUUUUGCUUUCCACUUCAUCCUACCCUUCAUCAUCACAGCCCUGGUAGUCGUACAUUUACUAUUUCUUCACGAAACAGGAUCUAAUAACCCCUCAGGAAUCCCAUCCGAUAUGGACAAAAUCCCAUUCCACCCAUAUUAUACAAUUAAAGACAUCCUAGGACUCCUCCUCCUGAUCUUGCUCCUACUAACUCUAGUAUUAUUCUCCCCCGACCUCCUAGGAGACCCAGACAACUACACCCCAGCUAACCCUCUCAGCACUCCCCCUCAUAUUAAACCAGAAUGGUACUUCCUGUUUGCCUACGCCAUCCUACGCUCCAUUCCCAACAAACUAGGCGGCGUAUUAGCCCUAAUCCUCUCCAUCCUGAUCCUAGCACUCAUCCCCACCCUCCACAUAUCAAAACAACGAAGCAUAAUAUUCCGGCCUCUCAGCCAAUGCGUAUUCUGACUCUUAGUGGCAGACUUACUGACACUAACAUGAAUCGGCGGACAGCCAGUGGAACACCCAUACGUAAUUAUCGGCCAACUGGCCUCAAUCCUCUACUUCUCCCUAAUUCUCAUUUUUAUACCACUCGCAAGCACCAUCGAAAACAAUCUUCUAAAAUGAAGA